UCAGAAUCCCUGUUUCGCGCUCUCUCUCUCUCUCUCUCCAAAUUCCUGCUAUGUAUAUGAUUGAACUCAGAUUCUCUGGAGUUUGAUCCAAAUGUCGCUGUACAUUAUAUGGUUCAUUCCCCUUCUCCUUCUCGCCGCGACCGGCAAACUCAUUUCGAGCUUGAAUUCUGCUUCGGAAAUGGCGGAACCUGGGAUUGAUACAGACUCAGAGGUCAGUUCCUGGCCGACAACGAGAAAAUUGGAGUCGUAUUCUGGGGGAAAAGUGAUAAUAAGCGGAAACGCCACGAUUCUGAGUGAAAACGGGACGUUUCGGCUUGGCUUUUUCAACGCGAAUGGCGAAGCCAGAUGGUAUUUGGGGAUUUGGUACGCUUCCAUACUCCCGCCGACCUACGUUUGGGUGGCGAACCGUGAGGCGCCGCUGAAGAAUCUGUCGGCGGCAGAGGCGCUGAUCACGGAAGACGGGAAAUUGGGGGUCAGGGAUUCGGGAGGGGAAAUCGUUUGGACGACGGAGAACGGCGAGGCGGCGGCGGAGGCGAGGUUGUUGAAGGCGGGAGACUUGGUGUUGCUCGGCGGCCGCGGCGGGGUUGUGUGGCGGAGUUUCGACCACCCGACGGACACGUGGCUUCCUGGAAUGAACCUUUCCGUCCACCAGAAGUUUACUUGCUGGAAGAACUCCGGCGAUCCUGCGCCGGGAAAUUACUCACUCCGGUUGAAGCCGCCGGAGUAUGGGGAAAUCGAGCUCGUGUUUAAUGACACCAAUUCGUAUUGGUCUACCGGGAAGUGGAUCGGCAAUUCCUUCUCCGGCGUGCCUGAGAUGACAAUACGCUAUAUUUACAAAUUUUACUUCACCAAUCCAUUCACGCCCAUGGCGUCAUUUGGGUACAUUGAGGUGGCGCCAGAUAAUGGCAUGCGACCACCACUGACACGAUUCCAGCUGGAUUUCUCCGGCCAUCUCUGGCAGUACUCAUGGUCACAGCAGAUAGAGAAUUGGAACAUUUUCUGGUCACAGCCGGAGAAUCUCUGUAGAGUCUAUGGUCUGUGUGGGAAUUUAGGCUUUUGCAAUACAAGAAUGUUGAGCCCUUGCAAGUGCUUGCCUAAUUUCCGUCCAGUUGAUCACAUUGGAUGGGAUGGUGGAGACUUUUCUGGUGGUUGCCAUCAUGACAGCCAUGCUGUCUGUGAAAGCAGCGAUGGGUUUGAAGAGGUUGGGGCAGUGAGCUUUGAUGGGGGAGUAAUGGAGUCAUUCUCGGGAAGAAGCAGGGGUUUCUGCGAAAAAACUUGCUUGAGUAAUUGUUCAUGUGUUGGUAUAUACCAUAAUGUGAAGACUAAUACGUGCAAGAACUUGUAUGGGUCACUCUUGAAUCUUCAAAAUUCAACUCCUGGUAGCACCAUCGAUGAUAUAUUGUAUGUAAGGGUACCAAGAGAUGGUACAGCACCAAAGACAAGAAAGAAAACUCUAAUUUUUAUAGGAAUAUGUUGUUCCUUUUUAGCAAUUAUAACAUUCAUUUUCAUAGCAUUGUUGUUACUGAGGAGUAAGAUUAAGAGAAAGAAACAGGAAGAGGAUGAAGUUUUCUCAGUGACAAAUAUAAGGGUAUUCUCGUAUAAGGAACUAAAUGCUGCUACUUGGGGGUUCUCAGAGAAAAUUGGGCAUGGAGGAUUCGGGGCAGUGUUUCGGGGUGAAUUAUCAGACUCUUCACUUGUGGCAGUGAAGAGACUUGAACGGCCAGGUGGUGCUGAGAGGGAGUUUAGAGCAGAGGUGUGCACAAUUGGGAACAUUCAGCACGUUAAUCUUGUGAGAUUGAGGGGGUUUUGUUUGGAAAAUCCUCAUAGGCUUUUGGUCUAUGAUUACAUGCAAAAUGGUCCAUUGAGUGGGUACCUGAAGCAAGAUGGUCAAAAUCUGAGUUGGGAUAUUAGACUCCGGGUAGCAAUUGGGACAGCAAGAGGCAUUACUUAUCUACAUGAGGAGUGUAGAGACUGUAUCAUUCAUUGUGACAUUAAACCUGAAAACAUUCUAUUAGAUGAAGAUUUCUUGCCAAAGGUGUCAGAUUUUGGAUUGGCCAAGCUCAUUGGUAGAGAUUCUAGCCGGGUUUUGGCCACAAUGAGAGGAACGUGGGGUUAUGUUGCACCAGAGUGGAUCUCUGGUGUGGCGAUUACGGCCAAGGCUGACGUAUAUAGUUAUGGAAUGACAUUGUUGGAACUAUUAGGUGGACGGCGCAAUGUGGUGGGGCCACCAUCGACUGGAGGUGGUGGAACAGGGGAGAAGUGGUUUUUCCCACCAUGGGCUGCUCAACAGAUAAUUGAAGGGAAUGUUGCGGCAGUGGUGGAUGAGAGGCUUGCUGGUGCAUAUGAUGCUGCAGAGGCAGCGCGUCUGGGGCUGGUGGCAGUUUGGUGUAUACAAGAUGAGGAGGCAAUGAGGCCUACAAUGGGAAUGGUGGUAAAGAUGUUGGAAGGGGUAGUUGAAGUCGCUAUCCCAUCUCCUCCAAAGCUGCUUCAAGCAUUGGUUUCCGGUGAGUCAUUUCAUGGUGUUGGGACUGAUUCUGGUGAUAGGGAGGUAACUAGCACUGGCUGCUCCAACGAUGGUCUCCAAGUCUCUGGAAAUUCUGCAGAUUCUCCUAAUUAUCUCUCCACCACGGCCUGAGUUUCAGUGUGUGUUUGUCUGUAAAUGUACUUAUUUAACUCACAAGGUUGAUGAGGUAAGACUAAAGCACAUCGCAUGCAACUUUGAGCAUUCUCUCAAUUCCAUAAAUUUGAGUCUUCCUUUUUGCUA